AUGAGGCGAGGUGCACGUGCUCCCAUGCUGAGACGUGGUGCAGGACGACCACGCAAGAGGACGUUGGAGUCCCUGGCAGCAGAGUCGCCCAAGACAUCUGCUGGAGUCGAGCCUGUCGGUCAAGGACAGACUCCGUAUGGUAUUGCGGGCGCGUCAGGCUCUCAAACUCCGAUGGUUUCAGAGGUAACUACCCCGACCAUACCCGCCGUACCCACUCCUAUCAUAUUUACGGUACCACCAGCGGUACCACUAGCAUACCCGACACCACCACCACCAAUGCCUACGGCAUACCAGGCACCACUGCCACCGGUGCCCACUGCAUACGCGACACUCGCACCAGCAGCAGCAGUUGCUCCACCUCCGGUACCACCACCCACCGAACCUCCUACCGCGCCCACCUAUGCUGACCCUGUAGUGCCACCAAUGGCACCUGCCUCAGUCUAUGCAGCAACACCGGGGAUGCCUCCCCCGGCCUAUGUAGCGGUACCACUUGUUAUACCAGCUUCAGUGGUUCCGUCAGUUCCUGCAGCCGUCCCUACUCACCUCACUGAUAUAGUCGCGGCACAAUCCUAG